AUCUGGGAGAUAUUAAUUCCCUUUGAUGCAGAGGAUCAGUCUGGCAUCCUGUGCCUGCUCACACACGAAGAGGCUCCUCUGGCUAAACUCGUUUUUCCUCCUCAGGUGAACAGAAGGUGAAGAAUGAACAAGGGCUUGUGUGUAAUUGCUCUGCCUUUCAUGUUCAAGCACUCUUAGAUAUGUAAACACCAACUUGAGCUCUGAAAGCUUCCAAUUAAUUAAGAGAGCCACUGAGUAGCACAACACAACCCUGGGUCUGAACAGCACAGGGGAUUUAAUAUCAAAUAUCCUGGGUCCAAAUGUUGCUUUGUGUGGGCAAAUCCCUGCUCACAUCUGAGUGAAAUUUGUGAUUUGUGCCAAACAGUGAUAACUCAAGUUUCCCCAUUGAUCUCAGAGCUGUGAGGGGAGCUGGAGGACAUCCCCCUGCUCAGCCCUCUGAAGUACUCAGGGGAUUUAAUAUCCCAAAUAUUGCUUUGUGUGGGCAAACCCUGCUCACAUCUCAGUGAAAUCUGUGAUUUGUGCCAGCCACUGAUAACUUGAGUUUCCCCAUCAAUUUCAGAUUUGUGAGGGGGAGCUGGAGGACAUUCCCCUGCUCACCCCUGGGUCUGAACAACUCAGGGGAUUUGAUAUCAAAUGUCCCAAAUCUUGUUUUGUGUGGGUAAAUCCCUGCUCACAUCUGAUUGAAAUCUGUGAUUUGUGCCAGCCACCAAUAGCUCAAUCAAUUCCCCAUCAAUCUCAGAGCUGGAGGGCAUUCCCUGCUCAGCCCUGGCUCUGAACAUCACAGGGGAUUUGAUAUCAAAUGUCCUGGGUCCAACUAUUUCUCCCUCAUGGAUCCGGGAAUUUUGUGUGGGCAAACCCCUGCUCGCAUCUGAUUGAAAUUUGUAAUUUCUGCCAACCACUGACAGCUCGAGUUUCCCCAUCAGUCUCAGAGCUGUGGAGGACAUCCCCCUGCUCACUCUUGGCUCCCCCUGGCAGGAGUGGCUCGGGGACAGGCCUGUCCAGCCCCCCUCUGGCAGCCCAGACCGUCGUCCCCCUGCGGCACUGCAAGAUCCCCGAGCUGCCCAUGGAGAGGAGCGUCCUGUUCGAGCUGCAGCUCUUCUUCUGCCACCUCGUCGCCCUCUUCGUCCACUACAUCAACAUCUACAAGACAGUGUGGUGGUACCCUCCCUCCCACCCUCCCUCUCACACCUCCCUGAACUUUCACCUCAUUGACUUCAACGUGCUGACGGUGACAACCAUCGUCCUGGCACGGCGCCUCAUCGGUGCUGUCGUCAAGGAGGCUUCCCAGAGUGGCAAGGUGUCCCUGCCACGCUCCAUCUUGCUGGUGCUCACUCGCUUCGCCGUGCUCACGGGCACGGGCUGGAGCUUGUGUCGCUCCAUCAUCCACCUCUUCAGGACCUACUCCUUCCUCAACCUCCUGUUCCUGUGCUACCCGUUUGGGAUGUACAUCCCCUUCCUCCAGCUGAACUGUGACUUUCGCAAGGCCGGGCUCUUCACCCAGGUCACCAACAUUGGCCCCAGGGACACGGGGGAGGUGACAGCCCGGGGCAGGGACUACCUGACAGUGCUCAAGGAGACCUGGAAGCAGCACACGAGGCAGAUGUACGGCAUGGAGGCCAUGCCCAGCCACGCCUGCUGCCUGUCCCCGGACCUGAUCCGCAACGAGGUGGAGUUCCUGAAGAUGGACUUCAACUGGCGCAUGAAGGAGGUGCUGGUGAGCUCCAUGCUCAGUGCCUACUACGUGGCCUUCGUGCCUGUGUGGUUUGUCAAGAACACGCAGUACUACGACAAGCGCUGGUCCUGCGAGCUCUUCCUGCUGGUGUCCAUCAGCACCUCGGUGAUCCUCAUGCAGUACCUGCUCCCUGCCCGCUACUGUGACCUGCUCCACAAGGCUGCAGCACACCUGGGCUGCUGGCAGAAGGUGGAUCCUGCCCUCUGCUCCAACGUGCUGCAGCACCAGUGGACUGAGGAGUGCAUGUGGCCUCAGGGGGUGCUGGUGAAGCACAGCAAGAACGUCUACAAGGCCGUGGGUCACUACAACGUGGCCGUGCCCUCGGACGUGUCGCACUUCAGAUUCCACUUCUUUUUCAGCAAACCGCUGCGAAUCCUCAACAUCCUGAUCCUGCUGGAAGGAGCUGUCAUCUUCUACCAGCUCUACUCGCUGAUUUCCUCGGAGAAGUGGCACCAGACGAUCUCCCUGGCUCUGAUCCUCUUCAGCAAUUACUACGCCUUCUUCAAGCUGCUGCGGGACCGCCUGGUGCUGGGCAAAGCCUACUCCUAUGCUGCCAGCAGGGACUCAGAGCAGAAGUUAAAUUAAAACAAUUGCACUGAUGCUCUCUCUCAGCCUAUUACAGAACAAACAAAAAAACGAGAAACCCUCAGAGCUUUGUAUUUUUGUUACCACUGCUUUUUUUUUUUUGUUGUCGUUUUCUUUGAUAACUGAUGUAAUUAAAAGGAAAAAAGAAAAAAACAUAUUUUUUUACUCCCAACAA